CUCUCACGGGAUCCAAGGGAAGAACAGGUGCACAGGACAAAGGCACAGAGGCUGCAGCUAUGGACCGGGAUGGAGCCAACCAACAAGGCAGAGGCCAUGGGGACCGAACAGCCCAUGUUGGGGGCAAGGAAGUUCAAGGGCCUUCGGGUUCCCAAUACAGGGCAGCCCCAGCCAAGCCUUUGGUCUAACAGCUUGACCAAGGGGAACUUGACGUCCAGGCAGCUGGCAGCCUUCCAGGACAUCUUUAAGAUGCUCAGCUCCAGCCCUGCAGGCACCGUGGACAUGCGCAGCCUCAGAGCUGCCCUGAGCCUGGUGGGCAUCCACCGGAGUCCACAGGAGAUGUGUGAGGCCCUUCGACAGGCGGAUUUGGAUGGUGAUGGCAUCGUGAGCUUCCAGGACUUCCUGGGUGUCCUCACUGACACCCAUCGCUUCGCACAGUGCCUAGGUGAGGGACAAGGAUGCCGGCUCUACGACCCCCAGGGCCUGCGGACUUUGUUCUUCGAGAUCCUGCUCAAGCUGCUGGGCCAGGGCUCCUUGCCCGCCAAGUCGGUGCAGGAGGUGGUGAGCUACUAUUCCAAGAAACAGCAGGCUCUACGGCGGCGGAACCCAGGCUGGAUGGGGCAGCCCCGAGACCGCUCCCCACACACCCUCGCGGGCCUCUCCUUCUUCUGCCAGGCCGCGCGCGUCAGCGGCCUCUCCAGCGUCCAGCUCGCGCGCUCGCUUCACAGGCUGCACAGAGCCGGAGCGCGCAGUCCCUACUCUCAGAUCCCGAACCUGGCCGCACGCACGCGACCGGAGCGCAAAAUGAGCCGGGUGCCACGGCCCGAGGUCCGACCUCCCAGGCCCUACCAGCCCAGUCGCCCCAAGAGCCGAGGCCGCCUUCGGCCGCUCAGCCGAAGGUUCGCGGGCCAGCCCCCAGAAUGUGUGCACCUCUGGAAGCCACCUCCCUCUCCGCCGACGCUCGUGCAGAAGGAGCCGCCCUCGCCGCCGCCGGCCUGUGUGCAGAGCCCGGCGCUGAAGAGUUUGAACAAGUAA